AGACCACGCCCCCUCGCGCUUGGUGGCCCCGCCCCCGUGCCGCAAAAUUAUGGCAGCUUCUGGCAACCCUUCUCAGAAUCAUCAGCCACCCAUAACGGCUUGUAAUGGUAUCCACGGCGACCCGAUCACUUUGAACCCAACCACCUCCAGACAGACGACGGGGUCUGGUGCUGUUGCCACAGCAACGGACUACAGACACCUCAACCAUGCUUCUCCCUCAGAAAGCUCCUCCGAGACUAGCUCCAGUGAUGAAAGCACCUCGAGUGACGAAGAAGCCAUUCUGCGACAGGCCGGUGUGACCUUUGACCUAAAUUCACUCACUUCCGUAGAUGGCCACGCCCCCUUAGAACUAGUACUGGAACUGGAACCUGGGAACAUGACGGUGCAGGAGAUGUACCCACUGCUGCAAGAGAGACUUCGACUGGACAAAGAGCUGCCAACCGAGUCGUCCUCCAGUGAAGAGGAAGAAGAAGAGAAAGAAGGCAGUUCAGGCAGUAGCAGCACUCACUCCAGCGAGGGAGAAGACGAGGCAGUGGGAGAGAAAUCACCCCUCAACGCCCAUAAUUAA